AUGGCCGAAGAUCAGAAUACCACGGACGACUCACAUCGCGUCCCAGAGCUGCCGCUCCUCUCCAAGGUCAGGUACGGCGCUACGGCCUUUGCGAUCCAAAAUCUCUUGGUGAAGCCCGCGCUCUUCGUUCGCGAUGUCAAAGCACAUGUCAUCCCGCCUGAGAACCGUCCAGAGAUCGUGAAGACGUACGAAUGCAGGCCGUACUUACCCGUCAGGGUCUUCUUCCCGAAAUGCUUUGACAAAACGUCCAAAGACAAGCUGCCAGUUCUCUUCACGAUCCAUGGGGGUGGAUUCGUGCUCGGUACGCCAAAUGACAACGACGAUUGGAAUCAGACGUAUGCUUCGCAGCACCACUCAAUUGUCAUUGGUCUCAACUACGCCAAAGCUCCGGGUAACCCGUUCCCCAAGCCGAUUCAUGAUUGCGAGGAGCUCUUCCUCGCCGCGCUCAAUGAUGACUCGCUUCCGUUGGAUCGUACCAGAGUAUCGCUGGCCGGCUGGUCCGCGGGCGGCAACCUGACUCUGGCUGUCGCGCAACUCGAGACAGUCAGGAAGCAUCUCACUUGCAUCGUCCCGUUGUACCCGGCGGCUGAUCUCUCCAUCACGGGAGAAGAGAAGGCCCCGACGCGACAGUACAAGCCUGAGCUCGGAGGCUUCCGUGCAAAGGAGAAGGACUUCUUGCAAGGGAUUGCACCCGUGUUUGACUGGGCUUACAAGAUUCCCGGCGAAGACAGCCGCAACCCGCUACUCAGUCCUACUUUCGCGCCCAAGGAGGCUCUGCCCAAGCAAGUCUUUAUGAUCGGCUGCGAGCUGGAUAUGCUUGCCCAGGAAGGCCAGAGGCUCAUUCACAGGCUUGCGGGUCGUCCGCCUCCACCAGCAAAGGUUGGAAAGCCUGAAGUCGUCGGUGAUGGCGAGCUUGUGCUAGACGACGAAGUUUACCACUUCGAGGUGUCUGGAGCUGACGGAAGCCGCUACCGGUGGCUUCUGGUUCCUGAUACAGUCCAUGGGUUUGAUCAGCACCUGGACGGUAUUGUACGUGAUCCGGUUUUGCUUGAGGAUGCCAAAAUCAAGACGCAAAAGACCAUCAAGAUUAUCGGGGAAUGGAUUCUUCAAGCUCCUCCUAUCAGUGAAGCUUGA